CACACACACAAACACGCACACACAAACACACGCACAUACACAAACACGCACACACAAACACAAACACAUGCACACACACUCCUCAGGGAGCUGAUCUGUCAGACAUAGCGAGUCUACCACAGAGUGGUGAAGCCUACAGGUCUACUGAUCCCUGGUCCCCAUGCUGUGGGAUGGACAGAUUGCCAAUGUCAGGCACCAUGACGUCAGCUAGUAGGAAAAUGGAUAAUGGUGUAUUACAGUAUUCUCUAUCCACUAUCAAUUUAUUGGUGCUUUUUAGUAGCGUUGAUGAUCGAAUGCACAUCCCUUAUGAUGUUGGGCCUUAAAGAUGGCAGUGAUGAAGGUAGCAGUAAUGAUGUUGGGCCUUAAAGAUGGCAGUAAUGAAGGUGGUAGUAAUGAUGUUGGGCCUUAAAGAUGGCAGUGAUGAAGGUGGUAGUAAUGAUGUUGGGCCUUAAAGAUGGCAGUAAUGAAGGUAGCAGUAAUGAUGUUGGGCCUUAAAGAUGGCAGUGAUGAAGGUAGCAGUAAUGAUGUUGGGCCUUAAAGAUGGCAGUGAUGAAGGUGGGAGUAAUGAUGUUGGGCCUUAAAUAUGGCAGUAAUGAAGGUAGCAGUAAUGAUGUUGGGCCUUAAAGAUGGCAGUAAUGAAGUAGACGGAAUGAUGUUGGGCCUUAAAGAUGGCAGUGAUGAAGGUAGCAGUAAUGAUGUUGGGCCUUAAAGAUGGCAAUAAUGAAGGUAGCAGUAAUGAUGUUGGGCCUUAAAGAUGGCAGUAAUGAAGUAGCAGUAAUGAUGUUGGGCCUUAAAGAUGGCAGUAAUGAAGUAGCAGUAAUGAUGUUGGGCCUUAAAGAUGGCAGUAAUGAAGUAGCAGUAAUGAUGUUGGGCCUUAAAGAUGGCAGUAAUGAAGGUAGUAGUAAUGAAGGUAGUGGUAAUGAAGGUAGCAGUAAUGACAGUAGUAGUAAUGAAGGUAGUAGUAAUGAAGAUAGCAGUAAUGAAGGUAGUAGUAAUGAAGAUAGCAGUAAUGAAGGUAGUAGUAAUGAAGGUAGCAGUAAUGAAGGUAGCAGUAAUGAAGGUAGUAGUAAUGAAGGUAGUAGUAAUGAAGGUAGUGGUAAUGAAGGUAGUAGUAAUGAAGGUAGUAGUAAUGAAGGUAGUAGUAAUGAAGGUAGUAGUAAUGAAGGUAGUAGUAAUGAAGGUAGCAGUAAUGAAGGUAGCAGUAAUGAAGGUAGCGGUAAUGAAGGUAGUGGUAAUGAAGGUAGUAGUAAUGAAGGUAGUAGUAAUGAAGAUAGCAGUAAUGAAGGUAGUAGUAAUGAAUGUAGCAGUAAUGAAGGUAGUAUUAAUGAAGGUAGUGGUAAUGAAGGUAGUAUUAAUGAACAUAGUAGUAAUGAAGGUGGCCGUAAUGACGGUAGUGGUAAUGAAGGUAGUAGUAAUGAAGGUAGUAUUAAUGAAGGUAGCUGUAAUGAAGGUAGUAGUAAUGAAGGUAGUCGUAAUGAAGGUAGUGGUAAUGAAGGUAGUGGUAAUGAAGGUAGUAGUCAUGAAGGUAUUAUUAAUGAAGGUAGUUGUAAUGAAGGAAGUAGUAAUGAAGGUAGUAGUAAUGAAGGUAGUAGUAAUGAAGGUAGUUGUAAUGAAGGUAGUAUUAAUGAAGGUAGCAGUAAUGAAGGUAGCAGUAAUGAAGGUAGCAGUAAUGAAGGCAGUAGUAAUGAAGAUAGCAGUAAUGAAGGUAGUAGUAAUGAAGAUAGCAGUAAUGAAGGUAGCAGUAAUGAAGGUAGCAGUAAUGAAGGUAGUAGUAAUGAAGGUAGUAUUAAUGAAGGUAGUUGUAAUGAAGGUAGUAGCAAUGCAGGUAGUGGUAAUGAAGGUAGUAGUAAUGAAGAUAGCAGUAAUGAAGGUAGUAUUAAUGAACAUAGUAGUAAUGAAGAUAGCAGUAAUGAAGGUGGUCGUAAUGAAGGUAGUAUUAAUGAAGGUAGUAGUAAUGAAGGUAGUAUUAAUGAACAUUGUAGUAAUGAAGGUAGUAGUAAUGAAGGUAGUAGUAAUGAAGGUAGUAGUAAUGACUGAACUGCUCUAACACAGACCUUUAUGAGGUUUGUUUGCAACGUUUGGAUCCCUGAAAGGAUCUUGUCAGGUUAUAUGUGCUUUGCCAUCAGUAAUAAAAGAUACUGUCCACACUAUGCAGUGACGUUCAGGUACAGCAUACAGCUAGUGUAGUCAUGAAGCAUCCAUAGAUACCCACACUCUGUUGAAUCAAUGCUCACUCCGCUGAAUCAAUGCUCCCAUUGUUUUAUGAAGU